AUGUUCAAAAGAAAACAAUCAGCCACCCAAGGAGACUCAUCAGAAAAGAAACGAAAGACAAGCACGACAUACAAUCCCUAUUCUUCAUCUACUGAAUUGUGGCGCAAAGUGUUUAUGGAUGCACAAGACGCAUUCAAACAAUCGAAAUUUGAUGAAGCUGCAGCUCUUUUUACUCGUGCACUGACACUUGAACCAGAUCAUGCAACUAUUCUUGACUGUCGAUCUGCAUGUUAUGAAAAGCUGGGAGAUUAUCCUUCAGCAUUAGCUGAUGCCAAAAAGACGAUCCAUGCUGCACCUAGUGAUGCUCGAGGUUACUUGCGUGCAGGCAAGUUACUUUCUUUGCAAAAGAAAUAUAAAGCUGCCAUCAAAACAUACGCCACUGCUUUAGAAAGAGUCAAGCCGGACGAUAAACGAUAUAGCGUGAUCAUGACCAUGAAGACAAGUGCAGAAAGGGCUCUGUCACCGCUCAAGGGUCUUGACUUUAUGACUAUUCUUCCAUAUGAUGUCAAGGCUAUGAUAUUUUCAUAUCUUUCGUUCGACAGACGUGUACAAUGUAUGGCAGUAUCUAAGCGUUGGCGACAGUUUGCUCUAGACUGGAAUGGCAUGUGGCGAGAUCUUGACUUUGGAAACCGAGGAGUCAACCAGCAUACGAUUAAGAGAUACAUGUCUUAUGCAAAGGGACGACAUAUAAGACGGUUGGCGUUAUCGGAUAUGGAACAAAACAUGAUGGAAAAGGUGCUGAACUUGAUCAUAUCUGAAGACUGUCAAUACAUAGAGACAUUAGAAUUUAAGCACUGUGUUCUGCCUCACACAUUAUUUUUACGUGCGCUUCGGCUCAUGGGAAAGAAUCUUGUCUAUUUGAACUUGGAUAGAAGCUUAGGCAUUAGUUUUUAUGAUAUAUUUAAUGAUGUACUAAAGACAUGUACCAAACUAAAGCGUGUUUCUAUCAAAGGAAUAGUCCCCAUAAUGGACAAUAAGCUAUAUCUUGCAACAGAAUUUAUGAAGCUAGAGCCUUAUCCAACACAAGUAGAAGACUUUGCAGUGGAAUUGCAGACAAACGUUAGCAUGCUUGUGGCAAUGGGGGAGAAGCUAUUCUGUUAUUUUCCAAAACUACGCUUAUUUGAAUUUGCAGAUGUUACCGUCGAUUUUAACGAGUUACAUCAUCUUUUAGCCACUCACUGUCCACAACUGGAAUCGCUUUCGAUGGGCUUUCGUCACCAUACUACCCGAACACCUCUGUCUGAGAAUGCAAGUGGUGUACAGGUGCGACAUUUUAGUAUGAGCUCACUAGCUCUUACACCCGCAAGGUAUAGUGUGCCAUUCAUCUCAUCCAAAGCUGUCGAGACUAUGAUUUUUACCAAUGUCACUGGUGUCGGUCCUGUACUUUCUCGUGUAGCUUCAUUACCUGAUGGUCUUGGUCAGCUACGCACGCUACAUUUGACUUCUGCUUUUGAUAUUGAUGAAGAUGAUCUUAUGUCCAUCAUAAAUGCCUGUUCAAAUUUGGAGGAUUUGAAGCUUACUCACUGUCAAGGAUUGACUGAUACAGUCUUGGCUAGUUUUCACCAUGUCAACAAGCUUAAAAGAUUAGAUAUUUCGCAAAGUAUGGUCAUUACGGGAGCUGGAAUUAAAAAGCUAAUAGACAGUCAAAAAGGCUCAUUGGAAAAACUAAUAAUGAAUGAUUGCAACUAUAUACAAUCGGAUGCUGUACAGUGGGCGAAGGAGCAGCUAGGAAGAAACGCGGUUGAAUGCAGACGCACGAUUAGACGAAGGUAA